CUCCUGCUCAAGCUGCUCCAGCCACUAGCGGCGCCUGCCCGCCUUGGCAUCCCGCGCCCGCCGCCCCUAGGUCCUUCACCAGCGCGGCCUACCGCAGCUCAUACACCGCCUCCUCGUUCGUCGUCCGCGUCACCACCAGGCUCGGCCUCGGCGCUGCGCCGCCCCUCGACCUCCAUGCCACGGCGGGGAGCAGGCCACCGCCCAUGUGUACUUCAGACGUCGCAUCCACCACCUUCGUCGCGAGAUCCAAAGCAGGUGCACGCGGAUCCAGCUCCUCCAUCGCCAUAAGCUCGUCUCUUGCGUGCGGAUCCACUCGUCUGAUCCCGUGCUCGCUGCAGAUUUUGGGCGGAGAUGGAGGUGGCGCUGCAGGCGUGUGAUGCCGUGGACUGGGUCUACAAGGGAGAGGGCGCGGAGAAUCUCAUCCUCAGCUACAACGGCUCCUCGCCCUCCAUGCUUGGCAAGGUACUGCGGGCCAAGAAGGUCCUAAAUGACAAGGCACAACCAGCACCAAACUGUGUAAACUUCUCAAGCUACGAGCAGCUCGUGUGGGGUGACAUCCCAGAACUGCAAUGGGGAUGACAGUGGAAGCCAUGUUGUUGUUUUGUUUGUUCCCAGCCCUGACUAUGGUCGUCGAGCGAGUCCGGCAUGUUGUUCAUCUAGUAGAGCUUGUUAGGAGUCUGAAUUUAAGAACUUGUAGAGCUUGUUAGUAUUACAAUUGUAGAGCUUGUUACACUUGUAGAGCUUGUAAAGCAGUAUGGUCUUCUGUAUUGGAAUGGAUAGAGCUUGUAUUAUGUGAUCUGGUUGCUCUUAUUUAAGUAU